AUGUCCGAGAUCCUCCUUGAGCCGCUCGCUCGCCUCCAAACACUCUCGCACACCUUCUUCCAGUCGCUCGGGCCCCCGCAAAGCCGCCCGCCGCCACCGCCGUCAGUCGGCGACCUUCUAUUGGUCGAUGCUCAGCUUGCAGCCGCGAUACAGCUCGCGCGCGCGCAUCAGGUGAAGCAACGGCGGAUAGAGCAGCUUAAGGAUGAGGUGCUCGACCUCGACCGGCGCUGGCGCGACACCGUGCGCGCGUUGGAUGAGGGCCGGCGGGAGCUCGACGCGAUCGUGCGCGAGGGCGAAGAGCGGAUUAAGGCUAUCGAUGAGGCAAAAGCAGCGGCGAUACCCUACCCCGAGCUCCUUGCGUACGCGCAGAGCCUGUCCGCGUUCACGUCCGCGCCGCCGAACAUGCCCGACCUCGCACCCGGCCAGCCCCCGCCGCCACUGUUCUUCCCGCCCUUCCCGAACGAGGAGAAGAUGCGGCGCGGACAUAUGAGCGAUGAGGCGCCCCUCGGAAUCCUCGGGGAGACGCACUCCGUCGGAAAACCGCCGACGGUUUCACCACAAGUCGAGCUUCCGGCGCACAUUGCAGCGAACCCUUACCGACCAGACUUCCGGCCGCCACAGCAGCAGCCGUUCUUCGAUCUCGACCUCGACCUCAAUCCCGACUUGUAG